AUGAGAUCCCUCUCAGACGCCACCAAAUCCUCGAGAAAGACAAGGCGGAUUAGCGUUUUCCAUCGCCUUUCCCUCUCAAACACCACCAAAUCCGCGAGAAAGAGAAAGCGGAUUAGCGUUUUCCAGCGCCUCUCCUACUGUACCAAUCCACCUGCCAAUGGCGAUUCCAAGCCGUUCGAAUCCGCUACUACUAGACGCCGAGAUUCGACGAGCAACCUAAUGUUCCUCGUCAGGCACGGACGCAACAACCACCUCGAAUAUUCUGUAACAACAAUUGAAAACAACAAAAACGGCAACUCUUUGAGGCUACUGGCGGACGACGAUGAAGAUCUUCCUCACAACUUGUUUGGUUCGAUAAAUGAGAAUAACGUUGCCACACUCACCCAUGGGUCAGCGGCUGAGUCUCCGCCACCAUCGGACAUGCACCUCACGCCGGCAACACCAACCCAGCGUCGCCCGUCGCCUCCGAAAGCCACAGCCAAAUCCCGCCGUCCACAGCCGCCGCCCGCCAUCCGACAGGCACCUCACGCCGGCAGCCACCGCGUCACCGCCGCCUCGUUGCAGCCACCGAUCUAA